AUGUCGCAUGCCGGGGCAGCCAUUGCGCGAAAUAAGUGCAGAGCAGAAAGGCAAAGCAGUCUGGGGGCUUCGCCUUGGACAGAAGACCUAAUAUGUACUGGUACUUGCGACAAGAGAGCAAGGAGCCUUUAUCCAAAACUGACGCCGCACGACAUCAAGUUCUACUUGUACCAGGUCCUGAAGGCGUUGGAUUACAGUCAUUCACAGGGCUUGAUGCAUCGAGAUGUCAAGCCGCACAAUGUCAUGAUUGAUCAUGACAAGCGCGAGGUCCGUCUGAUAGACUGGGGCUUGGCGGAGUUCUACCACCCACUGACAGAGUACAACGUGAGGGUGGCUUCGCGGCACUACAAGGGACCGGAGCUGCUUGUGGACGAUACGUUCUACGACUACUCUUUGGACAUCUGGAGCUUCGGCUGCAUGCUCGCAGGAAUGAUCUUUCGAAAAGAGCCUUUCUUUGCCGGGGCAGAUAAUGUUGACCAGCUGUACAAGAUUGCCAAGGUGUUAGGGACGGACCUCCUCAACGACUAUCUCGAUGCAUACGACUUGGAGCUCGAGUUAGAAGUGGAGCAACGCUUGGGGACGCUGCCGCGAAAGCAGUGGUCUGCCUUCAAAAACAAGGACAAUGCAGAGCGUUGCUCUCCAGAGGCACUGGAUCUCAUUGACAAGAUGCUGCGCUACGACCCGGCCGCCCGAGUCCUUCCAAAAGAGGCGAUGCAAGACCAGUACUUCGAGGAAGUUCGCAAGCAGGAUUCGGGCAAGUGA